AUGGACAGAAUAUCCGAUUUGCCAAAAGACAUCUCGCAGAGAAUUCUUUAUUUCCUGUCCCAAGAAGAUGCUGUCCGAACAUCUGUCUUGUCCAAAUCCUGGCGUGACAUCUGGUGCACUCGUCCCAAUCUCGAUUUUAUAGAAGAUUCCUUCCACCGAAAUAAACAACAAUUUCUAUCUGCUGUGGACACGACUUUACAACGAUAUUGCGAUCAAAGGUUGUCCUUGGAGAAAUUUCACCUCUCUAUAUCGGUAGGCCGUUAUUUGGAACGCGAAUCCGUUUCCCUUCUUGAAAAAUGGAUCCCCCUAACCGCGACGGGCGUAAAGGAGCUCCGUCUUUCUAUCCGUUCGGAAUACGCUCCUGGAUUUAUCGAACUCCCCCUUGUAGUUUUUGAAACCGAAUCGCUCCAACAUUUGCGUGUCGAAAAAUUCAGGAUGAACCGAGACGCCAUCCCAACGAUCGUACUCUCUAAGCAUCUGAAAAAACUCCAUCUCCAAGACGUCUACAUCGAGGACAAUGUUUUUCAGAAGAUAACCUCAAGUUGUCCUUUGAUUGAAGCUAUGGUUGUCGAUUCAUGCAGGAGGUUGAAAAACAUCCGAUCGGAUAAUCUUCGUCGUCUCAAGAACUUCUUUUUUAAAGGAUCUAAAUAUGAUGACGAAAGUUGUAGCAUCGAAAUCUAUCCCCCAUCUCUCGAAACCAUCGAAAUUAUUUACGGUAAUGUUUCCUUUCACAAAGGUGCGGAUUUUCAUAAUCUCAAUUAUUUACAUCUGUCCGAUGUGAAAUCCUCGUUGGACCACUUAUCUUCGUUUAAAUUCCCGAGCCUCGAACGCUUGAAUUUUUUGGAAUGUGGUGGACUCAAAGAAUCCGACAUAUUUAUCGAUGCCCCGAACAUACUAUAUUUUAAAUACGAAGGAGACUUUAUCCCAUCCAUCUCUUUCGCGACAACUACGACAGAGUGGAAGUCGGAUAUACAACUAAAAGAAGGUUCUUUGUGGUUCCUCAACCUAAACGAACUGCUCAAAUCACUAAGCCAAUCGGAAAUUUCUCUGAUAAUCGAUCACGCCGACGUAAAUCAAGAAAACAUUCCGGUACAAGACAACGGUUAUAAUAAUAAUAAACCUUUUGCCGUGGAGAGCUUAGGUUUCCAUUGUCAUUUAUCUUCUUUUCCAUCUCUUUUAAAUGCUGCGUUUUGCAUUUGUCGUCCGAGAAUCAUUGGUUACCACCUCUACGAAGGGGUGAUAAAAUUCGUCGGGUUUAUGUGGAAGAUUCUAAUGGAGAGAGGGAGUGGAAACGAAGACGAGCUCACGCAGUUGUUGUUUCGAGAUUUGGAGGAAGCGAGCUUUGAAGUUAAGGAGAGGGACGAAGAAGAGUGGCGUCGAGCACCUUUGUCGGAAUUUCUUCUAAACUAUCAAACAAGUUAUAAAUGCCGUUUUGCGUUGAAGUGGAGAUGA